AUGAGUUCUUCUUGCAAAAGAACACUUUCUCUUCCACUUCACAAGGAGAAUCCUCUAUUGGAAAUUCCCUACCAAACGUCACAGGAAUCAUCAUAUUCAAACGAGUUUGUUGCAAUUAAGAUGCCAUUAACACCGAGUCCAACACCCUCUUACAAGAAGGUUAAUUUUCUUGUUACAUCACGUUCGGUUGAUGCUCCAAUUGUUGAUAGUGAUAACAACAACCAAGGGAUUUCAUCAACAAGAGGGAAAUCAUCCGGUGCUAGAAGUAUUUUACCGAAAUUGAACUUUCGGUAUAAUAGGACAUCAUCCUCUGAUAUUGAAAAGGGUAUAACUUUGGCUCCGGAAAGUCCUUAUGAGAAGCCUUCAGUCUCUGGAUCAGUUUCUUUCAGUAAGCUAUUUGCUCCUAAGAUUUAUAGAACUUCUUCGUUACCCGUUGAAGAAAUCGGGCGUGUUAAUACCGAGUUUGCUUUCGGUGGAUGUCUUGGUGCUUCUCCAUAUAGAAGCCAGGGGUCGAUAGCUCGCACUCGUUCAGAGCCUGUAGAUAGCCAAGAAAAAAUCAUAAGGAAAAUGGACAAGUUUUACCGCAUUAUUCCUUCCACCCCAGGUGCAAAGGAAGUUAAAGAAUGGUUAAAAACUUCCGCAGAAAACAAUACUGAAAAUGACGGUGAUAACGGUGAAGAUAUAGCUGAAGAGGAAGCUGUGUGUAGAAUUUGUCUGAUUGAGCUAUGUGAAGGAGGCGAGACACUGAAGAUGGAAUGCAGUUGCAAAGGCGAACUUGCAUUGGCUCAUCAAGAAUGUGCUAUCAAGUGGUUCAGUAUCCGGGGUAACAAGACAUGUGAUGUGUGCAAGGAAGAAGUUCAGAAUCUCCCCGUCACUCUCUUACGGAUCCAAAAUGUUCAAACUCAGAAUACCGCGGCAAGGUCUCAGCAGGACGACGACUUCAGGGUUUGGCAGGAGUUACCCGUACUUGUCAUCGUCAGCAUGCUUGCUUAUUUCUGUUUCCUUGAGCAGCUUCUGGUCGGAAAAAUGGGAACCAAAGCGAUUUUCAUUUCUCUUCCGUUUUCCUGUGUACUGGGUCUAGUCUCCGCCAUGACAUCAACAACCAUGGUGAGGAACAGGUACAUCUGGCUUUACGCGUCUGCCCAAUUCGCGUUGGUUGUUCUCUUCGCACAUAUAUUUUACCCCUUGUUUGGUAUCCUGCAGGUUGGUAAGCAAGCAGUUUUAGCAAUCCUUCUUGCAUCAUUUGCUGGAUUUGGUGUAAUGAUGAGCGGAAGUUCAAUAGUUUCCGAGUUACUCAAAUGGAGAAGAACUUGGCAAGCAUACUCGGAGCAGCGCUCUCAAGUGAUGACGCAAGAAGAACUAUAUUCUCAAAGUGUAAUCACCCCACAACCAAGCCUUCCCACCUACAACCAAACUACAGUGCAACUUCAAAAUCAACAGAGCUCAAUUCAUAGUUAA